CCGUCUUCCAGCCUCACGCUUGGAAAGCAAGUGACCGCUGCUCCCCAGUUCGCCCUCGCCAAACCAACGCCAUCUCCCUCCCUCCCGUUCCCGUGUGGCCGCAAGCGAGCGAUCGAGACGAAGUCGGAGACGGAGAUAGUAGCGGGCGAUUCGGCGGUGAGUACGGAGAUUUCGAGGAGAUGAACGGCGGCGGCGGCGUAGAAGCGGGUUUAGGAGGGGGAGGGGAGGAGGAGAUGGAUGAGGACGGCGUAUGCCCUGCGCUGGGGAUGGGGAAAGAGCAGGUGGUGCUGAUGUGGGGGUACCUCCCCGGCGUCUCUCCGCAGCGCUCGCCGCUGCUGGCGCCCGUGCCCGUGAGGCUGCCCCUGGCGGCGACCGGCGAUGCGUGGAGGGAUGUAUGCGGCGGAGGGUGCGGCUUUGCCAUGGCCAUCUCCGAGUCUGGAAAACUCCUCACCUGGGGCUCUACUGAUGAUAUGGGCCAAAGUUACGUGACUGCUGGGAAGCACGAGGAGACUCCAGAGGCUUUUCCUCUUCCUAGUGAUGUUGUGAUAGCUAGGGCCGAUACUGGGUGGGCUCAUUGUGUUGCAAUAACAGAGGAAGGGGUUGUCUAUACAUGGGGUUGGAAAGAAUGUGUUCCAACUGGAACGGUCAUUGCAGACCAAUCUUCAGUUGGAACUUUGGAAAGGGAUGAAAGUCAGAGUGCAAGUGCCAGUAACCAAGUUAGCCCAAGGUCGCAUGUGUCUAGUAGAACAAGCAGCGGAGCGGCAUCUGGUCCUUCUGAAAGUAGAGGUGCCGAGGAGAGCACAAAGAGACGCCGGCUGUCUUCAGCAAAACAAGGACCUGACAGCUCGACAUCUAGUGAUGAAAACCUUUCUGCACCCCCUUGCAUUGUCACAUUUAAUACUGGAGUGAAAAUUACAGCAGUGGCUGCAGGUGGUCGCCAUACAUUAGCACUAUCAGAUUUUGGUCAGGUAUGGGGUUGGGGAUAUGGAGGAGAAGGGCAACUGGGUCUGGGGUCUAGAAUUCGAACAGUUUCCUCUCCUCAUCCUAUACCGUGCAUUGAAUCGGCAUUAUACGGCAAGGACCGGCCGGCCGCUAUGAAAGGCAACAAAAAUGCUGAAACGCAGAUUAGUAAAGUCAUGGGAAAUUGCGUGAAGGCCAUUGCCUGUGGAGGCCGCCAUAGUGUUGUGGUAACAGAUUCAGGGACACUUCUUACAUUUGGGUGGGGACUAUACGGACAGUGUGGACAAGGGAACACAGACGACGUUUUGAGUCCAACAUGUGUAUCAUCUAUUCUGGGAGUCAAGAUGGAAGGUGCUGCCGCAGGGUUAUGGCAUACUGUAUGCAUAUCUGUAGAUGGUGAUGUCUAUUCCUUUGGAGGCAACCAGUUUGGGCAGCUGGGUACUGGUUCUGAUGAAGCUGAGACUGUACCGAAAUUGGUGGACGCCUCAUGCUUGGAAAACAAGAAUGCAAGAACUGUAUCUUGUGGAGCCCGUCAUAGUGCAAUAAUAACAGAUGAAAGCGAGGUCUUCUGCUGGGGAUGGAACAAGUACGGCCAGCUGGGUCUCGGUGACUCGAUGGACAGAAACGUGCCCUGCAUUGUCCCCAUGGACGCGUACCGCGCACUGAAUGUGUCGUGUGGUUGGUGGCACACCUUAGUGCUGGCGGAGUCUCCUACGUGAACCCUCCUAGGAAGAAGGAACGACCCGUAGGUGACAAUUUUGUUAGGAAUUCAGUAGACUCAUCAUACAGGUGUGGCUACGCUGCAUCUCGUGUACAUACAUGACGGUGCAUAUACCAGAUAUGUGUAUCCAUUCUUUUCGGUGCAUCCUUACAGCGUGCAACGUGGACAGGUCUGUAUUGCUCUGUGUAUACAGUCGAGUAGGAGUGCCCGUACCCUUGCAUAGUGUAUACGGUCGAGUAAGAUUGUGAAGCAAGUCGGGUAAGAUUGUGACGCUUGUUGCUUGAGAAGCGCGUGUGAUUUCGAUUUCGCUUUCGCUUGUACGGGCAUAGUGCGGUGACCUAUCAUUUCCAGCUAUCUAACAGAGAAAGCAGUACUGAGCUUA